GAUGUCCAAUACAGUCAUGUUUUGCACAUUUACUAAGCAUUUCAUUUCCACGUGUUUUGCCAUUAAAGACAUUCAUUGGAUGAGAUGUCAAUGAUAGUCAAUACAUGAAAACAUUUAGUUAUUUGUUUGCAAAUUAAAAACAAAUAUAAAUUGUUUCAUAAAUUGUUUGACGAGAAGACAAAAUGCAAGUGGUUGUCCUCUUCGAGCACGCGUCUGGUUAUGCCUUGUUUAAGGUUAAAGAGUUUGAAGAGGUGUCGAUGUUUAUCCCGCAGGUCGAGAGGGCGGCAAUGGACGGCAAUAAAUUUCAAACGAUGGUCCAAUUGAUUGCUUUCGCGCCGUUUAAAUCGGGAACUAAUGCGUUGGACAAUAUUAAUAGUAUAUCGGAAGGUAUUGUUCACGAAGAUCUUCAGGUGUUUCUCGAAACAAAUGUUCCCAAAUCGACCAAAAAGUCGAAAGUAGUGUUAGGAGUGUCCGACAGUAAAAUCGGGGCUUCGAUACAGGAGUUGUUGGGAUUUAGUGUUCAGCACACGGAUGUCGUGCCAGAGGUUAUUAGAGGCAUCCGAUAUAAUUUCCAUACACUUAUCAAAGGCCUGUCCACUCAGGCCAUGGGUUCUGCCGAGUGUAGUCUUGGCCGCAGUUAUUCGCGAUCUAAAGUAAAGUUUAAUGUCAACAGAGCCGACAAUAUGAUCAUUCAGAGCAUAAGUCUUGUCGAUCAACUCGACAAAGAUAUCAAUACAUUUGCUAUGAGGUUAAGGGAGUGGUAUUCAUAUCAUUUCCCAGAACUCGUCAAAAUUGUUAACGACAACUAUUUGUACGCAAAGGUAGCAAAAGUUAUUAAAAACAGAAAAGAGUCGAUUGAUAAUGAAGAAGAUUUGGUGGAAACAUUGGAACAAAUACUGAUGGAUAGCGGCAAAGCACAGGCUAUUAUAAGUGCAGCCAAAACAUCGAUGGGAAUGGAUAUAUCAGAAAUUGAUUUAAUUAAUAUCGAAAUGUUUACAUCAAAAGUAAUCAGUUUAGCUGAAUAUCGAAAGCAAUUAAUGGAGUAUUUAAUAUCACGUAUGCAUAACAUUGCACCAAAUCUGGCCACACUUAUUGGUGAAACGGUUGGUGCCCGACUCAUAUCACAUGCGGGUAGUCUUAUGAAUUUAGCCAAAUACCCGGCCUCUACCGUUCAGAUAUUAGGAGCUGAAAAGGCUUUAUUCAGAGCUUUGAAAACUCGUGGAAAUACACCUAAAUAUGGUCUUAUAUUUCACUCGACAUUUAUAGGACGCGCCGGCGCUAAGAAUAAAGGAAGAAUUUCACGAUUCUUGGCUAAUAAAUGUUCAAUUGCUGCGCGUAUUGAUUGCUUCAAUGAAUUUCCAACCGAUGUUUUUGGAUCAAAACUCAAAGAACAAGUCGAAGACAGACUCAAGUUUUUUGAAAGCGGAAAUAUUCCGAAGAAAAACAUUGAUGUCAUGAAAGAGGCCAUUGAAGAGGCGAAGACACUCUUGGAGAGCAGUGCCAAGAAAAAGAAGAAGAAGAAAAGGAAGAAAGACGCCGAUAAUGACGAAGAGUUAAAUAAUACUCUUAAUGGAGAUAAUGAGGAAGUGGAGACCAAUGGUCAACCAGAGGAAGAACCACCGACUAAGAAACAAAAGAAGAAGAAAAGGAAAUCGAAAGAAGCCGACGAAUGAGUUAUAAAUAAUGUUUUGAAUUUUUAAUAUUAUAUUUUAAAAUAAUAUUCAUUAAAACUUAUUGCAGAUGUAUAAUCAUUUGUUGAAUUCAAUUAUUUUAAUAAACAUUAAA